AUGUUCUCUGAGCUUGGCGAUAGCCACAGCACCAGCGUACAAGAGCCUAACAAAUCGCACACUGCUCCUCAAAUCCUCGAGCAGCGAAUUGCAAAUCAGCUUAUCAACUGGACCACAUCAUAUCGUGAUCGAUUCGGCAAUGGCUGUGUCAAUGUCAUUAGUUCAAUUGAGUUUGCUAAAGUUGACAACACGAUUGAAGGGAAGCAAGGCAAGUCAGAACGGCUACGUCUUAGGUCUCAUUACGCGAGACUAAGAACCCAUCGAUUUAGAACUCUUGGACCGUGUUGGCCAUUACAUAGGACUCGCAUGAAACUGUGCAGAAGUAACACAGAAAUGAUCAUUCUGAGCUAA